AUGCGUGAAAUUGUUCAUCUCCAAACCGGGCAGUGCGGGAACCAGAUCGGUGCAAAGUUUUGGGAGGUAAUUUCGAAUGAGCAUGGCAUCGAUGCUACCGGGGCGUUUCAAGGAGAUUGCGGAGAUUUGCAAUUGGAACGAAUAAACGUCUACUAUAAUGAAGCUUCCGGUGGAAAAUAUGUACCACGUGCUGUUCUGGUUGACCUUGAACCCGGAACUAUGGAUUCCGUUCGUUCAGGGCCAUUUGGUCAAUUAUUUCGUCCUGAUAACUUCGCGUUCGGACAGUCAGGUGCCGGAAAUAAUUGGGCCAAAGGACACUACACCGAAGGUGCAGAGCUAGUCGAUUCUGUACUGGACAUUGUCCGCAAGGAAGCCGAAGGUUGCGACUGCCUACAAGGGUUUCAGCUUACGCACUCACUGGGAGGCGGGACAGGAUCCGGCAUGGGCACAUUGUUGAUUUCAAAGAUUCGAGAAGAGUACCCAGAUCGCAUUAUGAACACAUUCUCAAUUGUUCCUUCUCCCAAAGUAUCAGACACCGUAGUGGAACCUUACAACGCCACGCUCAGCGUUCACCAGUUGAUAGAAAAUACGGAUGAAACAUAUUGCAUCGACAACGAAGCAUUGUACGAUAUUUGUUUCAGAACACUGAAGCUAACCACACCAACCUACAGCGAUCUGAAUCAUCUGGUCUCAGCUGCCAUGUCAGGAGUAACGACGUGUCUACGCUUUCCUGGUCAACUAAACGCAGAUCUUCGUAAGCUAGCGGUGAACAUGGUUCCGUUCCCCAGGCUUCAUUUUUUUAUGACCGGAUUCGCGCCUCUCACGUCACGAGGCGCACAGCAGUACCGUGCCCUCACGGUGCCUGAGCUAACGCAACAGAUGUUUGAUGCGAAAAACAUGAUGGCCGCUUGCGAUCCUCGUCAUGGACGCUACCUCACGGUGGCUGCGAUCUUUCGCGGUCGCAUGUCGAUGAAAGAGGUGGACGAGCAGAUGAUGAACGUGCAGACUAAAAACAGUAGUUACUUCGUCGAAUGGAUUCCCAACAAUGUAAAAACGGCUGUUUGCGAUAUUCCACCACGAGGACUCAAAAUGUCGUCCACCUUUAUCGGUAACUCGACGGCCAUACAAGAGAUUUUCAAGCGUAUUGCGGAACAAUUUACAGCCAUGUUUCGUCGCAAAGCUUUCUUGCAUUGGUACACCGGCGAGGGUAUGGACGAGAUGGAGUUUACUGAGGCGGAAAGUAAUAUGAACGAUUUGGUGUCUGAGUACCAGCAAUAUCAGGAAGCUACGGCUGAUGAAGCAGGUGAAAUGGAUGAAGAGGAAGAGGGAGGCGAAGAUUAG